UUACUGAAUAAAGAGCUCACACAGCUUCGCUCCCAGCACACCACCGGCGGCACACGCGGAUAUUUCUUAUUUCUCAUGACAAUAACAGAUAGUUACAAGGAAUGUUUUCUUUUUUUUGUCGCCAUCACCCGAGACUAUUCAAACGUGAUAAUUAACAAUUCACUGUGAGAAACUGUUGGAUUGUUUCCUGGACUGGGUUUUCAAACUGGUCGCGAUCCUUAUGGUUUUUCCUGAUUUAAGACAUUGUGUCAGCAGGGCUGUUGUCAGUCAGGAAUGGUUGCCCGGGCAGUGACAGUUGUCCAUCAUGAGGAGCGCAGAGGUUCAUGCUGCCCACAUCCCUCUCCUCCACCCUGGGACCCAGCAGAGGACCUCCACAGCAUCACCACCACCUUCCAGUAUCUACAGACCUCAGGCUGGUACUGGGGUUCCAUCUCAGCGAGUGAAGCUCGGGAAGCUCUCCUAAAAAAGUCAGAGGGCACGUUUCUCAUGCGGGACAGCAGUCAUCCUCAGUACAUGCUGGCCCUGUCAGUAAAGACCCGCUGCGGACCUACCAGUGUACGCAUAGAGUACAGCAGGGGCUCUUUCUGGCUGGACUCCAUUUCCCCUGGCCUGCCUCAUCUGCAGUCCUUCCCAGAUGUUCUCAGCCUCAUACAGCACUACAUGGGCUCGGGCCACACGCCACAGGGCCAGGCGUGUGAUGACAUCCAUCCCAAAACAAAGCCUGACCCUGCCGCGCACACAGCUAAAGACAGUGGAGUGCCUCUGAAACUGAUGCACCCCCUGCACAAACCUGAGGCCUUCCCUUCUUUGCAGCACCUGACGCGCCUCACCAUCAACAGACACGCCAACUGCCCCGACCAGCUGCCACUCCCGAAGCCUCUGCUGCGCUACCUGCAGGACUACCCUUUCCACAUAUGACGGUCCCUGUCCCUCUGGUACAGGACACAGUGACAAUAACAUGGGUCAGGGUCACACUCCAUGAACACACGCCAUGGAUCUGGGACAGUUUGACCCCCAGGCUACAGACAACAGCCCAGCAGGAAAAUAUUGAAAUCCUUAAAUACAAUAAACCUCAGUGUCACCUCACUGGUUGUGAAUGAGCCCAGUCUUACUAUAGUGCUACUGUUGUUCUCCAGAACAAUGUUUUUAUUAUUUUUAUAUGUCUGUUUCAGCCAUUGUGAAUUCAUUUUAUUUCUACAAUGCUAGCAUGUGAGUUCUUGCUUUUUUCCUCCUUAUUUGUUCCAUUUCCCACCAGUAAGGAGAGAGUCAUACAGGUUUUGGUGUGUUUUAGACCAGUGGUCCCAACUGUUUUAUCAAAAGACAGCCAGAACUGGAUUUUCAUCUGGAUUUUCACCCUUUAUGAAAUCAGUGAAGCUGAUGAACCAUGGCUGAGUCAACAGUGAUCCCAUGUAACACCUGUAACUUUAAGGCACCAUUAUGGUCGUCACAAAAUCUCCUAAACAUGCCUGUGAAUAUUCUCAUUCAUCCAGAUCCUAAACAUGUAUUUGCAUUGUGUGUUUUUUAGUGCUGUGGCUGUCUUGAUACAGCAUUAUUUUGCACAAAAUAGCAAGAGUCAGACAAGACGUUUGUUCCCUGCAGGGUGUCACUGUAAUGAUUCUCUUCUUCUUUCAGCAUGGAGGGCCAGAGGUGGUUGGCAAGGCAUUUUAGAAUGAAAGACAGUGUACUUUGUAUUUCUUUCAUGCGCAGAACCCUUUUCUAAAAAUCAGACAUCUUCCAUUUGACGAGGUUAAACACACCCUCUUACAAAAUUUUAAACAGCAUGGACAUUAGAAGCUGUUUGUGGAAAAUCUGUUUACAAACUGGUUUUAUUCUCAGAAGAGGGUCACACAUGCCUGUGGAUUUUCAGAGAAAUAAACCUC